AUAUCUCUGUUGUUGUUGACGGAAUUUGAUAUUCUGUUAGAGGGUUAUUCGAAACAGUACCUGACAUCUCCAACGAUUACUCCGUGUACUCUCACAUGGGAGGUUACUAUUCAGCAGUAUUACCCUUGCUGUAAUAUGUGUUAUUAGUUUCUAAAUGUUUGAUUUUUGAUCGUAAUGAAUUCUGGAAAAGAAAACUGGUUGAUGACAAGGAAGCCAUUUUUUGCCACAAGUUGUUUCAAAUCUGAUACUAUUCCUCUCCCUUCGCAUGAUAAAGUAAGACAUUUCUUAAGAUCCAAAGUGUGUUCAGCGAAAGAGUUGGAAAACCAGAAUUCAAUUUCAUCUAAAAAAGUAGAAGAAUAUUAUGCCCCCACUGUAUUGUCAGAAAGGGACCAAAGGGGACAUCAUGGGAAUUUCCAACCAUCUGGCCAAAGAUUAUCACAGAAAGAGAAGGCUUCAAAUAAUUCUCACCAGUCGGAAUACACAUGGAAGGGGCCACCAGCGCAACAAAAAGCUUCAUAUAGUACUGGAAAUGGUUCUGCCAAGAAGCCUAGUUUCACAUUAGGAAGGCCUUCAAUGUUAAGUGGAGGGUUAUCCAGACAGUCUUGGAAACAGAGUUUGAUUACAAAAAGCACUUCAAAGGAAUAUGAUGUAGAUGGAAAUUCAUCAGGUUCAGACUGUAAUCCAGAUUUAUUGCAAGAAUGUCGUGUUACAUUGUGUUUUGACGAUGUUCAAGAAUCUCAAGAGAAUGAAGAUCUGAUCGUACCACAUGGAAGGAUGGCUUCUUCAGCUGCGGUUCCAGAUGGAAUGGUACUUCAGGAUUCCUCACCUGAGCAGAAAAAGAAUCUGUUACAAGGAGGACCAAGAAGUGGAGGAAUAAAUGGAAUAGAUAAUGUUAUUGUAAAAAAUAAAGCAAAUGUUAGAAGAGGACUUAACGGUUAUUUUCGCAAUGCUGAAUUUAACCUUCGAAAGAAGGAUGAACAUAAAUUAUCUGCUUCCCCCAAAGUAGCUUUACCUCAGGUAGUAUCAUCUCAGCCAGAAGUAACUUCACAAAGGACACUAGUUGGUAGAGCAAAUAUGAAACGGAAAAGUGUCAUUCCAUUAACUAAGAAGAACAAUCCAAAGUAUGAGGUAAAAGAUAAGCUGUAUUAUAGUGCAUCCAAGGUUACUAAGUUUUCAGAGAAUAAGCAAUACCAAAUAAGAUCAGUGAAGAAAAUGCAGAAAGCAGGAAUUCCAGCUAGUAGAAAGAAGAAAUCUAGACAGUCAGUAUUAUUAGAUGAACCAAAGGUAGCAUUUGCUCCUCCAGAACUUGUAAUAACUGAAGAUAACCAUAAACCUGUUGAACUUUGUCACGCUUCAACUAACACAGGGAUCAUGUUGUCAUUUGGUAAAUCACCUGACAAGGGGCUGGUUAAUGAAGUUGAAAUUCUUAUGGAAGAACAAGAAGAAAUCACCAGAAAGGCAGAGUUGAUUUUGGCAGAAACCUUGGAACGGCGCAGGAAAAUUAAAUCUACUAAUCUUUUGCAAAGUUUCAAGACAUCUGUUUCCCCGCUGAGAAGGAUAUGUGGAAUUAUUCAAGAAAAAACUUCUUUUAUAGAUGUUUCUUCAGAUGCCUCCAAAUCAGUAAAGCUGAACUGAACAAGGUACCUACAG